AUGAUAGGCAUCUUUCUAUUCGCCAUUAUCGGCGCGAUUGGUGCUUUUUGCCAAACUACGCACAGCAACGGCGCAUUCUCGUACCAGGGCUGCUCUUCGAUCGACUCAUCUUGCUUCGGAAAUGCCCUUGUGUUUUCUGACGGUCGCCUGACUCCUGAAGCGUGCCAACGUGCCUGCCAAGGUCACCUCUUCGCUGCCCUUUUUCCCGACUCUUGCCGAUGCGGAGAUGAUGCAAAUGGUGUUCAACCAACCGACGAGUCAAAGUGUGACUAUCCGUGCAUGGGAGAUAGCACUCUCGGCAUGUGUGGGAGCAUCUGCCCAGAGAAUUCACCCAUCAUUGCCAACAUUUACACGCGAGUCACACCUAGUCAGGUGCCAGCCUAUGGAGACCCAACAAACGUUCAGUCCUCUGUCGCUGCGGCUGACACCUCCUGCACAUCUACUGAUGUCUCAUCAGUUGGAGAACCGUGGCAGCCUCAGAGAAUCACGCCAGAAGGACCACCACCAGGAAUUCCAACAUCUUUCGUUGGUCCUGCAUCUGGAGAUCCAGCAGCAUCAGUGAAUCCAACCCUUGGUUCUCCUGCAUCUCAGAGUCCUCAAGAAACACCAUGCGCUACUGAGAGCAAUACUGGCUUGUCCACGCCUUCUCAGGGUCCCCAGGAUCCCCCAGGCCCCCAGGGACCUCUUACCCCAACUGACAAUGCCCCGGAGCCCAAGACGUUUUCCAGCCCAAACCAGCAGGCUCCAAAUGCGACACCUUCUGCCAUUUGCGCGUCGCCUCAACCAGAGUCCUAUUCUGGGGGAAACACUCCAGGCUCUCCUGGUGCAAAUCCUGGUGGUGUGGAUUCAGCGAAUAAUUGUGACCCUGCUGGGGCGCCAAAUGAAUCUCCUGUCGUUUCCCCCGAGAGCACUCUCUGGCCGUGGCCGAGCAAGAAGCCCGAGGGUGAUCCUCCGGUUCCCUCUCACGUUCCGGCUUCGGAUUCCCCUUCUGGGUUCAUUCCUCCUCUCUCUGGUGGAGGGUUCAUCUUGCUGGCAGCAGCAAUUAUCUGGUAA